AUGACGGCGAAUGAAGUUUCCUCUGGUGUUUCCAAUUGCUAUGUGUUCAAGAGCCGGUUGCAGGAAUAUGCUCAGAGAUACAAGCUACCAACGCCUCUCUACGAGACUAUCAAAGAAGGCCCUUCCCACAAACCUCUCUUUCAGUCUACAGUGAUUGUCAAUGAUGUCAGAUACGAUUCCUUGCCUGGAUUCUUCAAUCGUAAAGCUGCUGAGCAAUCAGCUGCCGAGGUUGCUCUCCAGGAAUUAGCAAAAUCCAGUGACCUAACCCAAUCUGUUUCACUGCCUGUUCACGAGAUGGGGCUAUGCAAGAAUCUUCUUCAAGAGUACGCUCAAAAGAUGAACUACGCGAUUCCACUCUAUCAGUGCCAAAGGAGCGAGACUCUCGGGAGAGCUCCACAGUUCACAUGUACUGUGGAGAUCGGAGGCAUUAAGUACACAGGAGCUGCAACAAAGACUAAAAAAGAGGCUGAGAUAAGCGCUGGGAGAACGGCUCUUAUAGCCAUCCAGUCAGAAUCCAAAAUGGACCUUGCCAACAACUACAGCACUCAGCUUACUGUCAUUCCUUGCGAGAAGAAGACAGUAGAGGUAGCAAGUCCGGUGAAAGAAACCAUCAUCAAGACUCCAAAAGCCAGGAGGGCUCAGUUCAAGAAGAAGGCUCGGAAAGGAAAGCUCAAAGUCGCUAAGGAUCUUGAAGACAGUACCAUCCCUCCUCAACCUACAGAGCAUUGUCAAAACCAACAGUUAAAUCUGGAACCUUCUUCGUGCGUGAACGGGUUUAAGGAGGCAGCAUUUGCGAGUGUGGAGACAGAAGCAAGCCAAGCAUAG